CGCUCCCUCCCCUCUCAUUUCCCCCAUAGCCUCCCACCCCUCUUACCCCCCAAAAAUGCCCACUCAACCCACCAUUGUCCUCGUUCACGGCGCCUGGCACACUCCGGCCAACUACGCCCCUUUCAUCGCCGCCCUCGAGUCGCGGGGCUUCACCGUCCACUGCCCCCACCUGCCCAGCUGCACCAACACCUCCCCACCACCGGCCACCUACCAAGACGACGUGGCCACCGUCCGCAACCUGGUCACCACCCUCGUCAACAACGGCGAGCGCGUCCUCAUGAUCCUGCACUCCUACGGCGGCGCCAUCGGCACCGACGCCGCCCAAGGCCUGGACUGGCCCUCGCGCGCAGCAGCCGGCCAACCAGGCGGGAUCAUCCACCUCCUCUACCUCUGCGCCUACAUCCAACGCCCCGGCCGCACCGUCUGGGACGUGAUCACCGAGGCCCAGAUGACGGGCUUCUGGCCGCAGUUUGUUCGGGACCACGAGGACGGCUCCACCUUCCCCGUCGACCCCGUCCAGCUGUUCCUUGGGGACUGCGACGAGCAGCAAGUGGCCGCCGCGCUGCCGCAUCUCGUGCGCAGUCCGCUGAGCGCCUUCCAUACGCAGAGCAUCGGGGAUGCGUGGCGGAGAUUACCGGUGACCUACCUCACCACGACCAAGGAUUAUUCCGUGCCCCGCGUGUACCAGGAUAUCAUGCUGAAGCAUGUCGCGGAGGACGGGGUGACGGUCCGCGUGGUGGAGGUGGAUACCGCGCACAGUGUGUUUUUGUCGAGGCGCGACGAGGUGCUGCGGUUGGUGGAGGAGGCGGGGCGGGAUGAGCGGAAUCCUUGAUUAUGCGGUGGUCACUUUUGCGUUGGAUGGUGUUAAUUGCAAGUUGAGUUUUUAGGGUUGGGGUACGGUUCUUGUCUUGUUGGGGGAUACGGCGGGUGGCAGCAAAGGAACGGGGGUCUAGAGAUAUAGAUGAUCAACGCCCUACAGUGGGACGCAAUGGAUGCGGUAACCAGCACUCCAUUAUGCUUGAUAUGCCGCUCUGAGUAUUGAACAAUAUAAAGAUCUAAAUCUUCAACAAU